UUAAAUCAACUAUUAAACGACAAGUCGGUGAGCCAAAAACGGAGUCCUUUUGAGGUUGUCGAAAAUGGCGAUGCCGCCGGUGGCGCCGGAGGGCGGUGGAGCCCCAGCCCCAGCACAACCAGGAACGGACAUGACGGGGAUAUGCUUUAGGGAUCAGCUGUGGUUGAACUCUUAUCCUCUGGAUCGCAACCUCGUCUUCGAUUACUUCGCUCUUUCCCCCUUUUACGACUGGACCUGCAACAAUGAACAGCUUCGCAUGCGCUCCAUUCACCCACUUGACAUCUCUCACCUUUCGAAAAUGACAGGCACAGAAUACAUGCUGAAUGAAGUAAUGGAGCCCCACCUUUUUGUUAUCCGCAAGCAAAAGAGGGAUGGACCUGAGAAAGUUACACCGAUGCUGACUUAUUAUGUCUUAGAUGGUUCAAUUUACCAAGCACCGCAACUAUGCAAUGUUUUUGCAGCUCGAGUUGGACGGGCUCUUUAUUACAUAUCAAAGGCUUUUACCACUGCUGCCUCAAAGUUGGAGAAGAUUGGAUAUGUUGAUUCUGAAAACGAGAGUGUAGCCCUUGAAUCAAAGGUUGGCAAAGAGGCAAUUGAUUUUAAGGAAGUUAAGCGAGUGGAUCAUAUUCUUGCAUCCUUACAGCGGAAGCUACCACCAGCCCCACCACCGCCACCAUUUCCAGAUGGUUACAUUCCUCCUCCCACCACAGAAGCAGAAAAUGCCCCUGAAACCCAGCAAGCUGGAGAGCCACAGCAACCUAUCGUUGAUCCCAUAGUUGACCAGGGCCCUGCCAAAAGAAUGAGGUUUUGAAGUAUUUUUAUCAUUUUCGAUUCUUAUGGGCAUGAACUGGAUGCUACGUGAGGAUCGUUGUGCAACAUUUGUGUGAUCUAACUUAAGAGUUUUUUCUGGUUUUUGUAAGAUUAAGAUCCAUGUCAAUUUAAUGUAAUUUCCCAAAUGGGAUAAUUGAAGUUACACGUAAGUUUAACAUCUUGUACAUACAUCAAACAUGAUUUUUGUCACUCUGUUCCAAGUGUCCGUCCUGCAUUACAAGGACGAUCAGUUACAUAGCAGUGUUCUUACAUGUUAAGUAAAAUGGUAAUUGCGAUAGGUUUAAUUCUGAUUUAUGUCUAUAUAAGACAAUCUGUUACUCAUUUUCAUGUUUAGCAACUUUAUUCCGUUCUGUUU